CGUCCCACAUAAGCCCUCGAAACAGAGACGACGGAUAAAGCCGAAGAGCAAAAGCACGACUUGCUUCUCUCUUCCAUCUCUUGGGAAACAUCCAUGGCCGGUUCUCUACAAGAGGUUGCGCUUUAUACUACUACGGAGAGACCAAAAAGACACCGGAAGAACUCCUUCAACGGUCGUCAUAGUCUCUUAUUGAACACAAACAAGAUCAGGAGAAGAAACAAUACUACAUUUUCAAAGGAAUCCCAUUGGGCAUGUCUUCCGGAAGACCUUCUUGUUUUGAUUUUGGACAGGUUAGUAACACUUUCAGACUAUGUUCGCUUUAGUGCUGUCUGCCGGCCAUGGCACGCGGUUGCCCUAGAGAACUACUAUGGGGAGAGGCGUCUCAAACUUUCCCUCCAUCAACCUCCACUACUAUUUUUAACUCACACCCAUCCGUCUAAAGGAGAAACUACAAUUGGCAUACAUUGUGUCAGCCAAAACAAGACAUACGAGUUAAAAUCAUUCUUGCCCCGUGGUAGUAAGAGAUGGUUUGGUUCUUCACAUGGAUGGUUGAUUACAGUGGAUAAGAAUUUUGUCAUUACCCUAUCAAAUCCAUUUUGCUUUGAUGGAAUUAUUUACCUCCCACCUGUUUUACAUAGAAACGGCCUUCAUAUUCAUAAGGUUAUAUUGUCAGCUGACCCUAUUGUGGCUCCUGAUGAUUAUACAGUCAUGGUCAUCUACAUCGAUGGACUUGCUCCUGAUGAAUUGGCUUUCAUUAGGCCAGGUGAUAAAGGGUGGACUUACAUUGAAAGCGGUCCUGUUACCGAUGUUAUUUAUUCCAAAGGUUUGUUUUAUACUCUCUACAUGUUUGGUUCAGUGCAAACUCUUGAUAUUAGUCAGCAUUGUCCCAAGUUGAACAUGGUUUCACCUAACUGCAAUUUCACUGCCUCUUCUCUGGAGAAGAAUUAUAUUGUGGAAUCAGCUGGUGGGGAUAUACUGAAGUUCGUAAGGAUUUUAGAUACUGUUAAUGAUGAAUUGCCACCGCGUGCAGUGACAAAAGAGUUCAAGGUUUUCAAGCUACUAGUUUUGAAUGGGAAGAAAAAGUGGGUUGAAACGAAGGAGCUCAAUGUUCUUGCUGACGGAGCCUUGUUCUUGGAUGACAGUACUUCCACCUAUGUGCCGGCUUCAGACAUCCUUGGAUGCCAUCCGAAUUCCAUAUACUUCGUUGAUCACUGGGUGCCUGGUUAUGCUCACCCAGCAGAUGUCCGCCCUUCUACUCCUUGUGACAUGGGCAUCUUUCACUUGAGAGAUGGAAGCUUUCAGUGGCAUUGUGUGUCAAAGUUUCUGUCUUCUCCAGAAUCAAUGUCGCUCCCAAUUUGGAUCCAGCCAACUUUUCGAGGAAAAAGAGCGUAAGCUUUUCCCUAAUAGCGUGUUGGUUGGAUUGUUAAAAGAAUAAUGUUAUUUCGUAGAUUAUUAUAUGAUUGUCAUAUAAUUGAGUUGACGUGGUAAUAAAAAUCUUAAUUUUACUGCCAUUGUAUGGUAGUAUACUAAAUAAAAAGCUUACUUUUUGUACUAAAUAACAUUACUCUUUCAGAAGUUGGAUUGUUUAUUCAUUAAUAAAAAUAAAAAGCUUACUUUAUUUGUCAUU